AUGAUCGACCUGAGCCACCUGACGGAGGAGGAGCAGGGGAUGAUCAUGACGGUGCUGAAGAGGGAUGCCGAGUUGAAGGCGGCGGAGGAGGAGAGAAUCAGGAAACUGGAUCAAAUCCUGGACACUGGCUCACAGGCAGACUCUAAAAAGAAGUACCUAACUGGAGAGUGGUUUUAUGAGGCUAAGUCUCGCAGGCACAUGGACAAGAUCCACGGCUCUGAAAUCAUCCUGGCCUCCAUGAAACCCAGGAAAGCUGGUUUAGGUGUGUUCAAGUUAUUCAUCUCCAAGAAUCGAAAGAUCCAAGACACCGAGCAGUCAAGGUUCGGACAUUAUUGCUCCCCCAAAACCUGCCAGAAGUUUGGACGCACUGCAGCCACAGGAGAACAAACAAAAUCAAAUCAGAAGGACAAGUUUAAACUAGCCACCCAGGCCACCAGCCCCACUGGUGAUGAGGAGAACUCCAUUGCAAAGGUGCUGGACUGGUUCAGCCGCAGCACGGACAGCAAUGAUUGGCUGGAUACAGAUGAUGGUCCAGAGGUGAAAAAGAGCUCUAAAAAACGUGUUGAAGUCAACAAAUUUAGGGAUGAGGAUGUCGAAGAAAUAAUAAGUGAUCAAAUGAAGGAAAGUCUUGAAAUGAAGAGCGGUCCCGUACAAAGGAAUAUCAAUGAGUCUGAAGAGUUAAGAGCAAACAACAGAAUGGGCAUUAAGGAACUGUCCAAAACACAAGAAGAGAUGGAGGAGGAAACCAGAGACAGAAUGCAGUCACAGACAGAUGAAGAUAAUGAAGGAAACGAAUCACCCCAAAUCUCUCAUCUGAAGUCAUUCUGGGAGAAAAACAACUCAGGCCCGAAAAUACUUAUCAGCAAAAAAAUUAAGCCUGGUGACAAAGGACAACAACCAGCAGAGAAAGACAGGGAGAAAAUGAACAAAAGCCAUAAAGUGUCUGAUAUGCCUGGAAUAAACAAAUAUGUCCCAAGUCCUAAGGCUGAAUUUGAAAAACAGCAGGUGAUCCGUCCACAGAAAGACCCUGGAGACAAUUUACACUUGAUGAAAGGCCAGGAAAUACACAGUCUGGAGGUGGAUACUUCAAGGAAAGGGUACAAUCAUGACCCAACAUACAACCCAAAUUUUAAGUUUGCAGCAAAUCCCCAAGUUGCUGACAGAAGAGGCUCAGACACUGAGAUUUUAAGUGUAACCAGACUGAGUCCCAAGCCAAGGAAAUCCAUGGAUGCCCUACUGAGUCAAGUGUCUGAGACUGUCUCUUUCGCCAGUCCACAACUUGAUGAUGUUUUUCUACCAAGUGAAACCCAAGAGCAAGUUGAACAGUCGAAAUCUGUUCCUGUCGCUCUGCUGGAAACAGAUACUGAUUUCCACACAAGGGAAAGUCCAGAUUCUCCACUUGCUAAGGACAAAGUAAGCAGUCCUCAUUCACCCAGACAAGGUGCACCACAGCAAGAAGUUACAGCAGAGAGGAUAAAGCAGCUGAAGUCUUUUUGGGAGCAGGAGAGGAACAAGCCCAUGUUCUACUCUGGCAAACCAAAAGCUUUGGGGGAAGGCAAAGUCGCUCGUCGUGCAAAUCAGGCAAAGCUGAAUAAGAGAUUUACAAAAUCAGAGUUUGACUUGACGUCUGUUGGAAAUGAAUUUGGUAGCGAUGAGGAAGACUCUGAUAGACAUAAUCCAAAUUUCACAGUUCUUCCUUUAAAUCAGAGGAUGGAGAAGUCGUCUCCUAGCUUAGGCACAAAAAGAAUACAGUUUAAAACUCUGCGUGACUUCUGGGACGAGGCCACAUCAGAAACCAAGGGAUCCCUUCCUUAUGACAAACCCAAAAGCCCAAAAAGGAAAGAGACAAUAAAUGCCCAGUUUACAACACAGGAGUUAAGAUGUGGUGAUCCUGAGGCUAACCGUGUAUCAGCUGGGUUUGAGAAAGCAAGACCUGUUGUCAAUGAAGUAUCUUCUCCCCCUAAGAAUCGAUCAAAGUCUCCUCAGGAUAGACAGAUGGGGUCAAGAGCAGGGAAUGACAGCAGAAACUCGAAGAGCUCAAAAGACCCCAACAGAGACGACAAAUCCACAAAACCACCAAGCAGUUCAGGAAAAGAAUCACGUCUUCCAAAGAGUAGAAAAGACAGCUUUGGCUAUUCAAGUCGUAACAGUUCUAUGCGCCGUGCCACUAGCAUGUUUGCUCUAAGUGUUCCUGAUGAAAAAGAUCAAAUCAAGCUUAAAAUGGACAUCAGUCCCGUCCACUCCCAGAGCAGGAAGCUGAGACAGAACACAGAAGAAGGUUCCCUGUCCAGGCGGUCAUCAGAGGAAACAGAAUCCCCGACCCCAAGGGCAAGAGCGUACGUUCCCACAGACUACCGACAUUACCUCGGCAUGACAGAGCCAACUAGCGUCCACACGUCCCUUGUUCCAAGUCACAAGGAUGAGGGGUCAGAGGGCAAGUCUGGGUAUGACUUUGACUUGAGUGGGCCAAUGAGGGUGAGUACUCCACUGGCCUCCGAGGAGCGUCACAGCAGGAAGGGCAGAGAGACGAGUCAUCGCCCCCUGUGGACAAGCUACAACUCGGACACCGGUCAGGACUCAUCUGUGAGCAGCUUGUCAGAAACCUGGUCCGUCUCAAGGAACAGUUCCAACCGUGAUAACGACGAUGACAACCGCAACCAGGUGAGGAAGGCACUGAGGCGAGCAGAAAUACGGCCUAAAAAUGUGACUAAAAGUUUGGAAGACAUCACAGGAUCUUUAUCACCAAGACAAGAAAAAAGGCAGGAUUCAACUGAAAGACGCAUUAACAAUGUUUCAUCCAUACCAUUGCCUUCCUCGUCCUUAUAUUCGGACCCAGAGCACCUGAAGAAGAUGAGCAAAUCAGUUCCUUCAUUCUUACAAAAGGAGGAUAUUGGCACUGACUCCAACUACGGGGAAAGUAACCACAGAGGAAGUCUAAUGAGCGGCAACUCCUUCACUAACCUCACCAACUCCUCUGGCAGGGCAUCUUUGUCUUCUACUCUGAGUGGAAGUGUGAUGACCAUGUACAACGCAGACUUCUGCAAUGUGGAGGUUCAGGGAAGCAUCCAGUUCUCCAUCAACUACGUUCACAGGCUGAGAGAGUUUCACAUCUUUGUUGCCGAGUGCAGAGACUUGGCUGCAGUCGAUCCUAAAAGGGGUCGCUCAGAUCCGUAUGUCAAAAGCUACCUGGCUCCAGACAAAGCUAAUCUCGGAAAGAGGAAAACAUCCGUGAAAAAGAAGACACUUAAUCCAACUUUCAAUGAGAUCCUCAGGUAUCGAGUUCGCAUGGAGUAUCUUAGAACCCAGACGCUCAUUCUCUCCGUUUGGCAUAACGACACCUUUGGCAGGAACAGUUUCCUGGGCGAGGUAGAUGUGGACCUCUCCAAGUGGGACUUUGACCACACCCAGAUGAACUACUUACCACUGAAAGCGAGGACUACGCCCACUCUAGCACCAUCCAACGACCGAGGAGAGAUGAGACUGGCGAUACGUUUCCUGCCACAGAUCAUCCACAGCGAAGGUUUUGCAAAGAACAGUCCAAACACCGGAGAGAUUCACAUUUGGGUGAAAGAAUGCAAGAGCUUGCCUUUAAUCAGGGCCUCCAUCGACCCGUAUGUGAAGUGCUUCGUGCUGCCAGACACGAGCAGGAAGAGUCGCCAAAAGACUCGUGUCCUGCGAAGGACAGUGGACCCAGCGUUUAACCACACCAUGGUCUACGAUGGUAUCAAAGAGGCUGAUCUAGCAGAAGCCUGUGUGGAGCUCACCGUGUGGGACAGAGACAGACUUGCCAGUAACCUACUGGGAGGUCUGCGACUUGGACCUGGAACAGGCAAAAGUUAUGGAGCACAGGUUGACUGGAUGGACUCAACCCCCCAUGAGGUGGCGCUUUGGGAUCGCAUGAAGGCCACCCCAAAUGAAUGGGUUGAGGAAGUUCUCCCAUUGAGAAUGGUGAACUCUGCCAAAACCGCUUUCAAAUAAAUCAACUUAAACCAAAAAACUUUAAGACAAAGUUUCUUACUGAGAGCUAAAAUCAUGAGAAAUGAGUUGUUUUAAAGAUUCAGUGCAUUGAUUUCAACUCAGACAGGACAAGCUUUCUGAAGAUCUUAAAAAGGUCAUGAAAAAUGACAGACACUGAAGUGAAAAUGUUGAAUGAACUUGGCUUAUAUUAACAAACAUCAACAGUGAUGGGAUUUCAAACCUUGAAAAAUGAAAAAGCUGACUUACAUUGAAAAAGGAGCGAUGUUUUCUAAGGGUCUAAGACUGUCAAUAAAUCCCACUGACUUUUUUUUUACUACUUUUCAUAAAGCAAAAUAACUUUUCUACACUUACUUUUGAUUUUUCUAUAUAUAAAUUUGAAUCCAAGCCUUAAAGCUCUGGCUUUCAUAUCUGUAUGUUUCCUUUAAAGUAACCUGACUUAGACACUCAGUAAUGCACUUUUAACUGCAUUGGACCCUUCAAACAUAUUUAACAUGCUACACACUGUAUCUUCUGUCAUCUUAAAUUGUUUAUCCAGAAUAUUUAUUCCCUCUGAAAACAUUGCUAAGACACUUAGCUUGACAGUAUUGUUAAAUAGUUGAAUUUUACAGCAUCUCUGACAAGUGAUGAACUGCACUUAAUUGUUUUUAAACAGGUGGGAUUAAAGACAUUUUCAACAUCAA